CGGCAGUCGGCGCCCCAAUCAUCAUCAGUCAGUCAGUCAGUCAACGAACGUGAACGGCGCAUCCACCAUCAACAUCAACAGAUUCGACAGCACAGUAGCAAGAUGACGGGCACCCGCAUCUCCUGAAUGAUAUGACCGGUUAGAUGUCACCCCCGACGUCCAGUCCGAGCAUUGCUGCUCAUCCUCCUUUCCCCUCUUCCAGACCGUGAGAGGCGCGACAGCGCUGCCACACUGUCAUGGCGGCAGACGAGGCGCAAGCCUCCUCCGGCAGUCUUGUCGGUGCAUCCGGUUACAAGUUCAAGAAAGCCGACAAGAAGCCCAUCAAAUUGAAGCUGAAGAGAGUACCUUCGGCACGAGACAAGAAAGAGAAUGGCACAAAUGGCGCUAAAGAUGCGGCGGCCUCCCUGUCCCCCGUGCUCCCACAGUUCGACGAGGAAACGAUGGCCAAUUUCCCCGAAGGCAAGCAAGAAGCCCUCGAGACUCUGGUGUGCAAGCAUUGCAAGAAGAUGGUAUUAAAGCGGACCGCCAAAGAGCACAUUGCCCUCUGCAUCAAGUCGAAACAAGAAAAGGCGCGCAAGAAGAAAGAGGCACGAGAAGCCGCUCAACGUGCAAAAGAGCGAGCAGAGAGAGGGGGCGACGAUGAUGAUGACGAUGACGACGAUGUACGAGAUGGCAAAGGCGCACGGAAGAACGGCGUCGACGGUGAUGGCGAUGACGCCACCAAGAAGGGUAAAAAGCGGAAAGCUGAGGCCGAGGCCGAGGGAGACUCGAAAAAGAAGAAGACCAAAAAAGAAGAACAGAAGAAGGCCGCCAAACCCAAGGGACCCGUCGACGUCGAAAAGCAGUGCGGUGUCACAUUGCCCAACGGCGCCCAAUGUGCCCGAAGCUUGACAUGCAAAAGCCAUAGUAUGGGUGCCAAACGUGCAGUGCCGGGAAGGAGUCUGCCGUAUGACAUGUUGCUUGCUGCCUACCAGAAGAAAAAUCAAGCUCGGCAACAAAAGGCGGCAAUCGAUGCGAAUGCCCCGGCCCUUCUCGACGAGGAUCUCGAUCCCGCACUAGCGGGCCCAGUCGACUCGGACGAAGAACGGGAUUCGAUUAUGACCGCCAUCUCCCGCAGCCUCUCGCGUCCUCAGCCAUUGAUGACUCGAACGUUGGUUCCUACGAAGCGGAAGUACCAGCUUGUGCGCAUGAAGGAGAUGCUCUCGAAUGCACUAAGCGGAAACCGCAGCGGAGGGCUUUUCAGCGUGCCCGCAGAGAGUGUGCGAAGUACUGCUGGCGGUGCUGGUUCGGCACCCAACGACACAGCAUUUCCGCAGUCAGUGUCCGCUUCACCUGCACCGACGGCCCAACCAGGGCUCAAAGCUCCAAUGAGGAAAGCGUCCAUCGAUGUAAGCUGAAGUGAAGUGUGAAACUAGGGUUUUAGUCGAACAAAACCGAUAUUGUGGGACAUUUGUACCAGCUUUGUCGACGACAGGUUGACUCGGGCCAAGCGAAUAUGUGCUUGAUCCGAGACAAACACGUGGAGCGGCUUAAUGCUUCAGUCUCGGAAACCUGCGUCAGUCGCAUUUUUUGAAGACUAGAGUUGCAUUUGUGCCUCCGAAACCAAAGCUGUUGGACAGUGCCACGCAAACGGAUGCCUGCUGUGCAGUGUUUGCAACAUAGUUGCAGUCAAAGUCGUCUGUGACGGAGUGGAAAUUGAUUGUAGGAGGCAUGACAUUCUACAAUCAAAGCAAGGAUUAGCUGGUCAGCUUGGGGCUGUUGGAGAUAGGUAUUUUUAUUACCUCGUGUAUCGCUAAGAUGGCGAAGAUGGCCUCGAUGGCGCCAGCAGCUCCGAGCAAAUGGCCAAUGGCACCUUUUGUGCUGCUGACGUUGAUCUGGGACGAUUUGGUUCUGCCGUGGUCUCCCAGCAUCAGAGACCUGAUGGCUUGGUUUUCGGCCGCAUCCCCCAAUGGAGUGGAAGUGGCGUGGGCAUUGAUGUAGUCGACGGCGGAUGGCGGCAGUUGGGCAAGUUUGAGCGCUUUCUUCAUCGCCAAGUGUGCGCCGGCGCCGUCCUCGCGUGGUGCCGUGAGAUGGUAUGCAUCGGCGGAAUUGCCGUAUCCCGCCAGUUCGGCGUAUAUCCUGGCAUUUCGCUUCUUUGCAUGCUCGAGUUCCUGUAUGAUUAUCAUGAUAAGUCGUGAAUCAAUAUGAAAGCCAAGUCUCUAUCCCUCGUUUGUCUCAAAAGAAAGAUUGGGGUCGUUCCUCACCUCCAGUACCACACAGGCCGCUCCUUCACCAAUGACAAAGCCUGCUCUAUCGCGAUCGAACGGCCUCGACGCCAACUGUGGCUCGUCGUUGAAUUUGGUAGCAAGGCUACGAGACCGCGCGAAACCGCCGAUGGCCAGUGGAUGAAUGCACGACUCGGCACCCCCGGCGACCAUGACGUCCGCCUCGCCGGACUGGAUGAACCGCGACGCAUCGCCCAGCGAGUGUGCGCCCGUGGUGCAGGCCGUAGUGGCGGCGUGGUUGGGACCCUUGAAUCCAUACCGCAUGGAGAUAUGGCCUGCGGCGAGAUUGAUGAGGAGACGAGGGACGAACAGCGGAUGGAUUUUGUGGUAGUUUUUUUUUGACUCGUGAUAUGCCACUGAUGUGGCGUAGAGUUCUUCGAGGUUGCCGAUGCCCGAACCUAAACAGACGCCCGUCAUCUCCGGAUCGAGGCCUCUGCCCCCGUCGAAACCGGCAUCUUGCAACGCCUCGGCUGUCGCGGCGAGACCGUAUUGUGCGAAUGUGGCUGUCUGUCUUAACUCUGUAGGCGAGACGUGGUCGGUUGCUUUCCACACGCCGUUGGAGUCGGAUUGCUUUGCAUUUUGGCCAGAUCGGUGUGAAUGGGAAUCAGGAUCGGAUGAAGUUUCUGGAGAAGCAGGAGCUGGGACAGGAACCAGACCAGCCACUUGACUGGGCAGAGCAGAGAACUCGGGGCCCAAGUGUCUGGUCGAAACAAUGCCGCAGUCACCGUUGAGCAGUCUUUGCCACGUUCGGCGGAUUCCUGUAGA